GCUUGCCGCUAUCAGCUCUUCAAUUCUCAAUUAUGACCCUCCGAGAAUCCUAUGGCCCUACUACGGCGGUGAGGGAGAGUCGAGCGUUGGAUAAGACACCUAUAGCUUACAGCUCGGGAGGCGAGUCGUCGAGAGAUAGCACGAUUAUCCAGAGUUCGGAUAGCAAGCAGAUGAGCAGAGUUCGCACCAUAAAGGAGGUGGUUACUGGCAUUUAUCGCGAGGCUGAUGGCACUGUCAUUACACUGAAGAAAAUUCAACGGCUUGGGUUCGAUUCCGAGCAUAUCAUCACUCAGCAUUUUGAGGAAGCGUACGGGAUUCUUCCCAGCCGAGUUGAGGUAGUUCAUUCACGUCGCCACUCGAAGUCUCAUCAUACUGUUGGAGCUCUUCGUUCGCCCAACAUCGCUUAUGCGGUAUUCACUGAUAAGGCUGCGGUGGAUGCCAUCAUGGGUUAUGCCGCGGCUAGGACUGAGAAUAUUGGAGGCCUGGAGGUGUCACUUCAACGCUUCUUCAAGCGUGAUAAACGUGAAGGGUCCCCGAUGAAAUCGGCGUCCCAUGAUACUGCUGUUUCAGCGGACCGUGUCCCGUAUUCGUACACCGGUAGCACCAGAGUCUCAUUCGAGACUAUGCCUGCGACUUUUAGUGAGUUGAUGGAGGACUCAAUGCUGAAGGAAGCUGCCCAGCAGUGCCCUAUGGUUCAAGCCGCUGCUGUCGAUCCUACUUUGGCUAUGGCUGUGAUGGACUGGCUUCAACUACACCCAGAUACCCUCUCUGAGAUUCAUCCACCGGUUGAUGGCUUCAACUUCUGAAUUAUUAUCAAUAUCUAGCAUAUGUCUUCCCCUAUGCGUGUCUGGCUGCUGUGACUGAUGGUAAAGUGUUGUUCUGCGAGUACCUGCAUGUGAUUUGAGCAGUCUCGCUACUGCUCUGAUGGUACGGCGUUUAAGAGGCCGUUUAGACCAUAUAGUUGUAUAAUUGAAACGACCAUGGAACUUGCAGAAUCUGCCCAUGUGCGUCCUUAUUAAGCAGUGGGCUGGUGAAGACAUCACCUGUCGGCACCAUCACUGCAUUAGGGUUUUCACUACUAGGCGGUUUAUGAUUAGGUUAUUCGCCGUCACCCCGGUCAACGCCGUUUUCUGAUUGUUGUUGCAUCGGCACUAAAAGUAGCCAAAUCAGACAGUGUUGUGCUAUAUUGAGUCGUUGAUUCUAUCUGUGCUCACACUAUGGUAUGUAUGUGUUGCUCUCUCCUCGGAAGGAGUUCUCCAUAGUUGUUGGCUCGGUUAUCGGAGGUUAGCUUUUUUUGUAGAAUUUGCCUCCGUCAUCGAUAUUCCUAUUCUUAAACUAUCGCUUCUAAAAGGCCGUUUGGGUCCCGGCGUUAGAUUUCGAAUCAAAUAUUAUCUCUGAUGAACGGGGUUUGGUAUGCUGCUCACGGCCUCUCCGCCCUGUCUGUUGGUGCUUGGCAAGACCCUUUGACCCAAAACAAAUACUCUGCGAGGCCCAACAACUAAAUGUUGUUGUCAAUGUUGUAUUGGUCACGUAUAACUCCUUGUAGUCUUGUUCUGUGUGUUGCCUCUACAUGGGGUUAGCUUAUACAGUUAGGGAGGUCUGCCCAUUUAUUUUCUAGCCUAUUUGCUGGUAGUCAACGCGUUGACAACAGCGGUUAGCGUGUUGGUUACCAAUUGCAGGUUGAAGGUCAUCACUAUGUGUAGUGUGAUGAGUGACUGCAUAUCACUAGAUCUAUGCUAUGCAUUACUGUGAUAUUGGUAGACAGUCAUUGCCUCCGCUGUGUCUGCUAGGAACUACUCAGAGUUCUCCUCUUUGUGUAUGUUGG